AUGCCGCGACGCACGCGCGCGGGGGCCGUCAUCGCGCUCGUCGUCGUCGUCCUCGUCGUCGUCGUCGCGCGCGGGGUCGAGCUCGCGCGCGUCGGUGCGGGCGUCGAGACGAUGACGACGAGGACGACGAGGACGAUGACGAUGGGAAUGUCGACGACGCGCGCGACGCGACGCGACGCCGAGGCGCGGGGAGAGAUCACGGCGGACGCCGAAGACGAUGCGCGCGCGAUCGACGCGGGGUCGGGGGGGACGGGCGAGGAGGAGACGGCGGGAGAGACGCGGGCGGAGCGGGACGAGACGGCGGGCGAGACGCCGGCGGCGGACGCGGAGACGGACGAGGACGACGGAUACGUCUCGGUGGGUAAAAUUAGAAAGACGGGUCUGUUGAACGCGAUGGACUUGGAGGAGGGGGAUAACCUGCUCGUCGCGGCGAAGAUGCGAGCGCAUCGGAAGGAGUUGAUUUUACUAAACGCGAACGCCGGAGGCGUCGUUCUGACGGCGAACGCGGUGAGCGCGAUGCGAAAGGUGGGCAUCGAGCACUUCGUAGUGUACACAGAGAGCGAGAAGACGUGUAGGGAGGGGUUUAUUGACGCGGGUGGGCGAGACAUCGACUGCGCGUGGACGUCGUAUCUACAAAAGCAUCCGCGUCUGGGCAUGUUUGGCGUCGCUGGAGAUACCGGCGCCGACGCAUUUAGAUUAUGGUGGUCGCGGAUGGAGUACAUGUGGCGGCUCUCGGGGGCUGGUUACAACGUCAUGUACGUCGACACGGACGUUUCAUUUCGCGUGAAUCCGUAUCCCGCGCUAAAGAACGUGCUCGGCGACAUGCACGUGCUCGCUCAGGGGGAGUUUCAGGGCGUCCUCGGAUUGAACAUCGGUUUCAUGUACAUUCAAAACGCGGCUGAAAAUGGAAUCGCGAGAGGUAUCUUUGGAGAGUGCGUGGCGCGAAUGCUCAUGGUGCUCGAAUCCGAGCCCCCCCUGCGAAAAUGGAACGGCGAAAUCGCUGGCGGCGCGAAAGAAUCGAUGUGGGAUCAGCACAUUUUCAAUGAUGUCGUGGCUUCCGCCGUCGUUGGACAUUUCAUCAAUCCGCGACAAGGCGCGCGCGUCAUCGAGCCAGAAAAGCGACAGGAGUGGACAGAAUCACAAGGAUUCCCAUCCAGUCAUGAUUUGGAUUGGCAGAUCAAGCGUGUUGAAGUUCCACUCGAGCUACUCCCAGCAAAGUUCACGUCCGAUGAAAGUUUUGCGAGCAAGUUCAACCGCGGUCACUCAGAAGGAUUUCAGGUACAUUAUCGUAAACUGAAGAAUUUGAGCAAUCGUACGGAUGCAGACGAGUUUGUCGCGAUCGCUCCGUUUUGGUUGCUUGACGGAUGGACGGGCGCAGGAUGGUCGCCGAAAACUCAAGGCGCUCACAACGCGUGGCUGGGAGAUUCGCCCGUGAUGAUGGCGCACUUCGUUGGUGGAUUGGAUAAGUCUCUCGAGAUGAAAGCGUUGGGUUGGUGGGAUUAUGCCGCAGACGCGCAUGCGUCUCGUUCGUCGCUAGAUACGAAUGAAACGCACAGUCGUUUCGUCGCCGUCGAGGGAUUGAGAAUUAGCGGAAAGGAUAGCCACGAGGCUUUGUAUCGAGUCAAACUGGAAGUUUUCAAACUCGCAAAGAUUGGAAUGAUCACGCAUCGGCGCGUGAUUGCGCCUGCAUUUUCUUGCAAUGAGUCAUUCAUCGAGAAGAAAGAGAACGCGGAGUUCGGUGUUUGGAGCCAGAACAACUUUGUACUCACGGACAGGUGCUGGGUACCGAGUGAGCGCGAUGAGUUGUGCUGCGUGCCGAAGCAUCUCUCUUGCCCUGGCUUGGUGGUGCAAUCGGUCGAGUUCCAUGAUGACGCCGCGUACAGCGACUUUCGUGGGGACGGAGAGCGUGAGACAGUCAACCUCUCCAAAAUCGUGGGCGAUGGAAAGAAACUCACGAUGGCUGCGCUUCAAAAGUCGCGUCUCAACUCUGACGCGAGCGUCGUCGUGUUGAAGCUCUCCGACGUCGAUGUUUUACCAGAAAUAGAAGAUGCGGACGAGGAUUACGCUCGGGCGAUCACGACGGAGCGUGCGUGUCAGAGAGGUCUCGCACGAAAGGAAUCGUCCGAGUUCGAGUAUCCGUGGUAG